CUGCAUGUUGAUUAGCUGUCCUCAGAUUCAGCUAUAAUGACGAGAGCAGCACAAGCGCUUCUGCGCGAAAGGAAGAAAGAAGACGAAAUGGUUUUGCACGAGGCGGCAUAGAACGCGCGAGACGCGCUCGUUUAGCCGCCAUCGUUACGACGGAACGGUAGCAGGGCUGUCUGCCUGGAGAAGAACUGCGCACAAGUCCGUUGCUGUAGGCGCCUUUGCGGCGUGUACCCGGUCGUCGCGGCAUCAGCCUAUACGCCGCGAUGAGCCGUCAUACCUCCAAGCGACAGCUUACGGGCUUCGGCGAGCUCCUGGACUGGCGGACGCUGGACUUCGCCGACACGGUGCCCAACGUGUUCUGCUGCACCUUGCGCGGAGUCCUGCCGGCGUUUCCCAAGCGGCUGACGCCCUGUUGUCACGUGUUCUGCCCGCAGUGCUUCGAGAAGCUCGCCGAACGAGAACGCCGCUGUCCCCUAGACCAAGCCCCUUUCGCGGACGACGCGGUCGAGACGCUGGACUCUGUUAACGGCGGCGUCAAUAGACUGCGGGCUCGCUGCCCGAACGCGUCCAGCGGCUGCACGUUCGUCGGCGCCCUGCCAGAGCUCAAGGAGCACUUCGCCGGUCGCUGCGACCACAACGAGGUGCAGUGCCCGCGGUGCGGAGCGGCCGUCCUCCAGAGCGCGGCACUCCGCCACUACCUCGAGAACUGCGCCGGCGGCGCGCGUAUGGGUGCAUCGCCGGUCAUGUCGGGGACUUCUAGCGUGGCAUCGGCCAACCUAUUCGAGGAGGACACCUCUCGUAGAUCCAGCCGCAGGUCUCAAUCGGCAAAGAAUCUGGACGAGAUCAAGCGUUCGGGAGGCGCCUCCAGCGGAGCCCGCAAGUCCAGUUCGACGGAGAACGCGGCGGCGGAGAAGCCUGAAAUCGUGGCCGCCAUCAGGUCUUUGCUCCAGGAAAGCCACGGAGGUUCCAUUCACUCGGCGACCCGCAGUGCCAGCCGGACGCCCUCGGUGGAAACCUCGCUCAUAAAAAGCGGCCGCAAGGGCGGCGCCGAGCCAGAACGUGACCUCCAGAGCUCAAAGAGCACGACCGCAAAAGUGUCGAAAAGCGCCGAGGGUGUCCAGGAGAUUGAUAAGGCGCCCCCGGAGAGGCAGCUGCUGGAGAUGGUUGACUCGAUGCUCGCGAAGGCGAUGGAGACCGCAGAUGUGGUAGCGGCAGCCGAAGGGGAGGCGUCGAAGACGUCCUCCUCCGGUUCCGUUUCGAGCAAGAAGUCGGCGUCCUCGCCGUCGGCUCGACACCGCCGCAAGCACGACGCCUCCAGGAGGGCCAAGGGCGUCGCCCGCGUCGGCGGCUCCUCGCCGCCCGGCUUCGCCUGCUGCUACAUCACGGGCAUCGCCGGGGCCGAGUCGCGGAUCGCGUGCGGCGAGGAGCGGGUGCUUCGCAGCGACAACUCGACGCUGGCCGACUGCAUGUUCCGGGUGCACGCCAGGCUGCGGCGCGACGCCGACGGCAGCGUGCUGGUCUGCUUCACGCUGUGCCUGUGCGGAGGCACGUGGCACCAGGUGGCCGACUGGGCGCUGGCCAACAAGAUCAGCCUGCUGCUGGUGCACCCGUGGGACCAGGCGCUGAACAGGCGGCUGCCGCUCUGCCUGAACCCCGACGCCGGGCCCAUGACCAAGGGGGCGGCACAGCACCCGGGGCGCUGGGACUUCUGGUCGCCCACGACCGAGCUCCAGCUGAAGGAGCUCGCGGCCCGCGGGUUCAUCUCCAGCGGGGCCAUCUGCAUCGCGCUCGAGAUCGAGUGACGCUCGCGCGCUGAUUUGGUAUUUUAUAAAAUCACGCCGCUUCAUUUAGCGGGUUACAACGUAA